AUAUGUAUUUGUUUGCUGAACUGUAUGGAUUUUAUUCAACAGUGCAUGCCAGAAGCCAUAUCUCAGCUCCCACUAUCCCAGUGCUCCCUAACAACGCUGCUCUCCCGGGAUACGGGGCACGAAAGUGUUGUCUCACGCACCCGCUACGUACAAAUGUGCUCAUCUCAAAUUAUUUUCUCGCAUUUGUUUUGUUCUCUCAUUCAUAUCAAAAUGCUUUGCGCGUAUAGAGAAAUUGGGAGAGUUGUAUUGGAAACCGGCUUUUGACGCUGCUACUCCAAUAGGAUAGAGGCCGAAUGGUGAAUGGGUGGUUGCUCAGCGUUUGGGCUGCCUGGCUGCCUGGCUAGCCGUUCAUGUUCCUGUUCCUCAACUUCAGUUCUUGUCGAACAUUGAAUGAAUACGGUUGAGUUGUGGAUGAAUACGCGCGUGUUUGUUAAACUCUGAAUUUAGGAGGGGAAGUGUAUCACUUAGAAAAUAAAAUUAAAGUUAUAUAUGAAAAUUAAAGGAAAAUAUUAAACGUACGUGCGCGAAGUAUUAAUGGUUACCUAAGAAUGUUUUUCGUUGUUGUCAGUGAAUUGUUGUUAAGAAGAGAAUGCAUUGAAACAUUUUUUAAUUAAACCGUGCGAAGGUAAUUGAACUGUCUCGCGUCGAUUUGUCGCAGUUGCAGACGCUAUUCAUUGAUACACUCGUACUCGUGCAUUAACACGCCGCGCAUAUCUUCGCGAUACAUAUUUCAUAUGGACAUAUUUAUGGAUAUAUCGCAUACGAGUACAUACACCGGCACAUACGCUUCAGAUUGCACACUUAGAGCAGCACUUAUAAGCGCGCGUACAAUUACCGACGACAGCAACAAAGCCAUCGGUGAUGUUGGUAGUUUCAUUUGUUUAACGCAUACCAACACACGCACUCCAUUAGGUGUUCAGUUCGCGUCAGAUUGUUGACGGCAUGAUUCCACACAAACGAUAGUGCCAUCAAUCGAGCCGCACGCCUCCUUUUAUCACAUUCGGCACACAUACGCCGUCGCCAUCGUCAGAGCCAGAGCUAGAGCUGUGGCCGCUGCCAUUUGUCAUUGCGCGCGUCGAUAUCAAAGUUAAAUAAUACAAACAAUACCCAUAAAAAGAUUACAAAAAUUGACGCUAUGUUUGUAUGGAACAACAACAACAACGGUUUAUUAAUUACACAAAUAUCGAAUGCAUUUUUAUCUUGCUUUCCCCUCGCUCCGGUCAGCAAGUUAAAGCAAUAGGUAAUAACCGGUGAAAACCCAAAGCAUGCAGUGAAUGUGUAAACGCGUUUAUUUGAAAAGUGCAACGCCGAAAAAGUAAAAAAGUAAAACAACAAACAACUCUCGUCCAACAACUUCCCUUCCAAAACGGUACUAAAUAAACUUGCGGCUUUCAACUAAUCACGCUUGCCGGCAACAUCGUUGCAUACUCGCAUACGGCCGCAUUGACCAAAAAGUGCAAAAUACCAAAAUACGGAAAUGUGUUUGUUCAAUGUGUGUGUUUGAGAAGGUGCCUACCUGUGUAUAAAUGAACAUAGAAAUAACAAAUAUUAGUCGGGAAACAGCAAAUAUUUGCUAAAGUGCCAAGGGAAGUGAGUUGGUUGUGACCCACACACGCAUUUCAUUGUCUGUAAAUGCCUACACAUUCCCUACUUCUACGCGGUGGCAAAGUGUAAUAUUUCUGUGAAUAACUAUUAAAACGCCAAUGCGGCAGUUGCAAGUCCGUGUCCAGUAAAUAAAAAUAAAUACUUUUAGCACGUACUUACUUACCACUGUAUCUAAGGAAAUUUAUCUGAUCAGCGAAAUGGAUUCUUCCCGCACUCUAAAUUGGUGCUUGAGCACAGCGCUCUGCGUACUCCAGCUAAUAACUUUCGCGCAGUCAGAAUCAUCGCGUUUUAUCACGACGCCUCAAAGUCAAACGGUCGUCGAGGGCGAGCCAAUUGUGUUUACCUGUCGGGCAAGUUCAGUCGAUGGCCUCCAUUACGCAUGGCUUCAUAAUAAUGUGCCGGUAAAAAAUUCAUCUCGUGUGAGGCAAUCGGAGUCGAAUCUUCACAUUGAGGCCGUACAGCGUGAUACCGAUGUUGGAGAUUAUGUUUGCAUAGCGACUAGUAUGACAAGCGGAGCUCGUCAGGCAUCACCUCCGGCACGACUUAAUAUAAUCUGGAUUCAAGCGGCCUCCGUGCAAUUGUUAAGCAGCAAUCACAAUGAAGUCACGCUUAAGUGCCAUGUGGAGGGCUCUUCUGGCGACGGAAUGCUCGAAAUCGAAUGGUUCCGCAACAGUGAAAAAUUGAGCACCCUCAAAAAUAUUGAACUGCAGCAAAAUCGACUUAUUAUUCGCCAACCCAGUGCCGCUGAUAGCGGACUCUAUCGCUGUAUAGCCUCCAAUGCAGCUGGACGUGCGAUGAGUAAGAAAGGUUACGUACUGCAAUGGACGAACAGCAAGGGUGGAUCGCCUGAACGCGAUAGUGAUAGCUUCACCUCUUCCAGUUGCAUUCCGCGGCUCAAGAAAAAUCAAAAAUUGCCCAUAGAAGCCAUGAAUCAGAUAUUUCUUUGUCGUGGCAAGCGAGGUGGCCAGACGGCCGAAGACAAAUUACCACCCGCUACAGAUGUUACCAUCACAAAUGGUCCAGCCAAUAAGCAAGUCAAGGAGAACGAGCCCAUAGAAUUGCUUUGCUCACACUCAGUGCCCGAAAAGUAUCGUCAAGUGCAGUUACGGUGGCGCAAGGACGGUAAAAUAUUUCGUAUGGUAGAACUGGGUACAACUACUGCCACGUCCAUGUCUAAUCCCACUGAAACAGGCAAGGAGUUGACAUUACGCGAAGAUACUCGCAUAGUGCUCAGCCGAUCUAAUGGCUCAUUGCUGUUCAGCAACGUGUUUGCCAGCGAUGCCGGACAAUAUGUUUGUCAAAUCUACGUGGAGGGUCAUCGCCCCAGUACUUCGGAGCCUGCAGAGCUGCAAGUCAUCGAACAGUUAAAGUUCAUGCCGCAACCGACGUCAAAAAAUUUAGAAUUGGGUAGUGUUGGGAAGGUGCAUUGCAAGGCGCAAGGAACUCCCUCGCCCAAUGUCAAAUGGAUACGGGAACCUGAUGGUCAAUUGCCCGAGGCAAUCGAUGACAUCAACGGUACACUAGUAUUCAAAAACGUCAGUGCGGAGCAUCGUGGUAAUUACACCUGUGUGGCGAGUAAUUCGCAAGGUCACAUCAAUGCCACCGUUACCGUUAAUGUUGUGGUGGCGCCACGAUUUUCCGUCGCACCCGAAGGUCCCAUCGAGACGGGUGAAAUGGGAGUGGCAGUUAUGCACUGCCAAGCCAUUGGUGAUCCCAAACCAACAAUAAAAUGGGAUAAGGACUUGAAGUAUUUAACUGUGAAUAAUACGGACCAGAAUCGUUUUCGUUUCUUGGAGAAUGGCACGCUCGAAAUACGUGACGUACAGCCGGACGAUGAGGGUCGUUAUGGCUGCACGAUAGGUAACAGUGCAGGACUGAAGCGCGAAGAAGUGAGAUUCGUUGUGAAAUCCACUGAUGGAACUGCAACGGAAGAAUCCGGAGAUGGUUUUCUUAUUACACGCGCUGUUCUCAUCACCAUGUCUGUAGCCUUCGCUUACAUAAUCUUGGUUGUGGGCUUAAUGAUUUGGUGUCGCUUCCGUCGACAAGCGCGCAAAGCACGUCUUAAUGAAGCGAAUAAAGAUAACCCCGAAUCCGGUGAGAUGGGCAAAUUACCCGAAAACGAGCCUUGCCUGCCAGAUCACGCUUCUUCGGGAAAAGUACGCAAAGUAAAUGGUAACAACAAUCCGCGUGGCAGCGGCAAUGAAGCAGCGAAAUCCGAUGACACCGCCUGCAGCAAUCACUCGAAGGGCUCGAAACGUUCUCACGCCUUGGAUCAGCUUUCGCUCCCGCGUUCUGGAAUCUCUGAGUUGAUACAAAUAGGUCGCGGUGAGUUCGGUGAUGUUUUUGUGGGAAAGGUGAAAGCGUCGGUAAUUCGCCAAGUAGAUGAAAAAGAUGUCGAAUCGGAAAGACACAAUGGCGGUGAUAGUAAUAGUGCAAUCACUUCAAUCGAAAAACGACGCUCAAAAACGUCAAUGGAUGACAUUGAAGAGAUACGAGAAGAGCAGGAAACAGGAAGUGCCGAUGGUGAUACAACUUCCACUACAACAGAUGAAUACAAAUUGGUAUUGGUUAAAGCUUUGAAUAAGUUCAAGGAUGAAAAUAUUUGUCAGGAGUUCAAAAGACAAAUCGAUAUGUUUCGUGCUAUUUCACACAAAGGCGUGGUCCGAUUAUUUGGAUUAUGUCGCGAAAAAGAUCCGCAUUAUUUGGUGCUCGAAUACACUGACUGGGGUGAUCUGAAGCAAUUUCUGCUAGCCACUGCCGGUAAGGUAAACACUUCAAACAAUUCUGCUCAAUCGCCACCGCCAUUGCAGACGGGACAAAUUUUGGCCGUAGCAUACCAAAUUGCUCGCGGUAUGGAUGCCAUUUAUAGGGCUCGAUUUAUACACAAGGAUUUGGCUACGCGUAACUGUGUCAUCUCCAGCGAUUUCAUUGUGAAAGUUUCAUAUCCCGCCCUAUCGAAGGAUAAAUAUAGUCGAGAGUACUUCAAGCAUCGCAACACCCUCCUACCCAUUCGUUGGUUAGCGCCCGAAUGCAUUCAAGAGGAUGAUUACACAACAAAGAGUGAUAUUUUUGCUUUCGGUGUUGUUGUUUGGGAAUUAUUCAGUCAGGCCACAAAGGUACCUUUCGAAGAGCUGAGCAACGAAGAAGUCAUACAACGCAGCCAAUCGGGCAAUUUAGAUUGGGCAUGUGCAAGCGGUACACCGGAUGGUCUGAAGGAGAUUCUGCUUACCUGCUGGAACUCCAACCCGAAAGAACGACCCUCAUUUAGUCAACUGUGCUCGGCGCUCAGUAAAGCAAUGCAAAACGGUGAUAAAUAAUUUUCUUACUUUAAUUUACUUCAAUUAAUAUAAUAUAAUAUGAUUUCGCGUGUAAGUAUGUCUACAUGAUUAGCUGCAUAGCUUAAUUUUGUGGAUUUUUAGUGGUAAGUCUAAAAUAUUUUAAGCAACUGUUUUAUUCCAAUAAUUAAUGCCUAAGUAGUAGUUUCCAUAAUAAUAAAUGUGUGCGCUUUGACUGAGCAGUUGUGGAAAAUGUGUUAAACACAUUUAUAAACAGAGUACUCGUACGAGUAUAUUGCAGCCUAAAGUUUCGUAGAAAUUACCCGCCAAUCAGCUACACCAUUUUUAUAGAAUAAUGCGAAAAGUACACAGAAAGAAAUGCAUUUACUAGAUUAAACUAAUAUUCGACACGGUUGUAUGAAAGUAUUGGUUAUGCAAAUAUUUAUAACCUCAAAUAAGGCAAUUAGUAUUUUAAUAACAUUCACUUAGUAUUGCAACAUGUUUACAGUAUUGUGCGCGAACUUCAGCAUAAUUUAAAACAAGCAUAUGUACAUACAUACACAUACAUAUAUAAAUGAUAUAAAUGAACCGUUGUGCGACCUAUUGGAAUCGAGGAGCAGCUAUUAACAUUAACUUCCAAAUUAAGUUUUCCUUAGAAUAAUAUACACGUAUAUCUACAUACAUAUGUUAUAUGCAGUAUGUACAUAUGUAUGUACAUAUUAUAUAUAUGUAUAUAAGGUUGCUUAUGACAUCUUCUUCAAAAUGUAUUAUACAUAUAUGCGUGCUUUGAGUUCAUAUUUAUUUAUUUUGUACAUUUUGUACAGUUACAAGUGUAUUUGCAUUGUUUUUAUGUGCAUUUAUAUAUGAACUUGUCAGUUCAAAAAUCAGCAACGAAUUCUUUUAGGUUACAAUACAAUAGAUUUAAUCAUAUCUUAGGGGCUUUAUAUUACUAAGUUACUAGCCAUUUUAAUAAGUCCACAAAUAUAAGUAUAAUAAUAGAAAUUCCACUGUAAAUACAUAUAAAUACAUUAUACAUACAUUUAUAAUAAACGCAAUGAUUAUUUAUUUAUAUAUUUAUAUAUAGAAGCGAAUAUAACAUCACAAAUAUAUACAUAAAUAAGAGUACAUCUACAUACAUGCAUGUGGUAUACGUACACAUGUAACCAGUGAAGCAUUUACAUACACAUAAAUCUAAAAUAAAAAUCGCCCAAUCGCCCAAUCGCCAGUACAUCAAGUCUUAGAAAGAUGAAUACCACAUAGUAUUUAACUUUAUACAAUCGUACAUAUACAUGUACAUAUGUAUGUACAAAUAUUUGACAAAACGCCAUAUGAUAUGUACAUAUAAUAUAUUCUAAGUAUUACACAGUCACAUCACGAACGAACGAUUGAUUUGUGAGUGCAUCGAAACUGUGCGGAGAGCAUCGAAAUCUUGCCCACAAAACGAUUGCAAACGCGAACAACGCCUUUGCUAAGGGUUAAUCCAUACGAGGGCUGCUAUAUAUAUUUCUGUCCUAAUAAUGAAAAUAGGAAUAUUUAUCAACGAAAAUGGUUUUAUUGUUUUUCAAAAUAUUCUCCAUCAAGAUUUAUACACUUUUGCAUGCGCUCAAACCAAUUUUCGAAGCACUUUUUUUGAGCCUUUUUUUGAGCGAUUGUCAAAUUGUGCGGGAUCCAACGAGAGCAAACCUUUUUUACGGCCAGGUGUUCAUGCAAUAUCGAAUGUAUGCUGGUGGGAGAAAUGCAUAGGCAUGCCUCUAUCUGAAAGUGUGUUACAUGACAGUCUUGCAUUAUCAGUUCACGUACGGCAUCGAUGUUUUCUGGCACAACGGCUGUUUUUGGACGACCUUCACGGAUUCGUCUUUGAGCGAGCGUCGGCCACGAUUGAAUUCGUUGUACCAGUUUAUCACAGUGUUAUAGGAUGGUGCUUCAUAGCCAUACAAAGAUUUUAGUUCAUCGAUGUACUCUUGUCGCGAUAAUCCACGUUGAAAGUUGUGAAAAAUGAUCGCGCGAAAAUGUUCACGAGUUAAUUCCAUUUCUUGGCCGAGAUGAAUUUUUUAAUUCCCGAUUAAAUGACAAAACGUUCUGAGUGAUGUUAUGCUAAAAAAUGUCAAACUUUCCAAUGGAAAUGUCAGAUUGCACCUGGCAACACUUAGUGUUGCCUAGGCCAGAAAUAUAUAUAGCAGCCCUCGUAGUAUCCUUAUGUUUUUAUGAUAACUACCUAAUUAUUAUAAACAACGAACGAACGAGAUUUCCCAAAUAUUUGCUAUUCUAACUUUAUAAGUCAGUUGUAUAGUCUUAUAGUCUUAUCACUUUUGUAUAUUCCACUACUUUCUUCAACGAUGAAUAGUUUACUUUAUUUCAUUUAAGUUUAUAAAAAUUAUUAUUUUUUUUGCAAUUUUUAUAUUGAAAUUCGUAUGGAAAUUCAUAAAUUAGAUAUGUAGUAGCCUAUCAUACAUGUACAUGUGUGUAGUAUGUAUGUAAGAGUAUAUUAGUUCUAAGUGCAAUUUAAGCUUUUCAUGUUUGGAAAACAAUAUUUUUUUUU